AUGGAUUUGGCCUACUUUCCUCGAGAGCUGGAAUGCACUAUCCUUGAAGUUGCAGCCAACUCUGACUCAACCUUCAUUCCCACUCUGCUUCUCGUUGCUCGGCGAGCGCACGUCUGGCUGGAGCCGCUUCUGUACCGACAAGUCUACAUCAGCACAGACCCCGACUUCGAGUGGAAGCGUGCACAGGAUGCGUUCUUCCGUAUCGCUGCCUCAAAAGCGCCGUCUUUCCUGGCAAAAAGUGUCCGCUUUGUGAUUCUUGAGCUGCAAGAUAGAGCUCAACUCAGUCAACAUUUCCUGGAUUGUGUUUAUUCGGCCCUAUGGCUAUGCACUGGAGUGGAAGAGAUCGCUGUAAAUGGCUCUCACAUACUGAAUAUCGGACCGACAUUAUUACCCAUCUUCUCUGCCAUGCCGCUUCGCCGCCUCGGUGUCUUUCUGGAGGAUCUAAUACCCCACCCAACCCCCAUGAAGGGUCAUGCGCCCGCGUUCUCUGCUCUCACACACCUGGAUGUGUACGACAACGAAGGCCACAGUAGCCGCUCUCGCGACCUCGUUCGGAUUAUUCCGUUUCUGACUGCCCUCCCUAAUCUGACGCACCUUGCUAUUCAUGUCCCUUUGGACUCCUACCAUGUCAAGCAAAUAUUAGAUGGCUGUUCCCGUCUCCAAAUUCUGGCUUUUGUUACCUGCGCUAUUUAUCGCGAACCAUCGCCGUUCAUGGAAUCCGUGCAGUACCUCGCAGAGUCACUGGGCGACGCGCGUAUUUUGGGCACCACAUUUGCGGAGUGGAUGGAGGUUCUGUCCAUGGUGGCCCCCUCGUUUUGGCGAGCUCUCGACAUCCUCAUUGAUCAAAAGAAACAGGGCCUCAUUGAUGAUAAACAUGCUUCGACAGGCGAUUUCUGGAAUAAGGACACUCGAGAUUGUAUAGCGAAACAAAUCCGAGGGUUGAUUUAA